GCUGCUGCCACAUCUAUCCAGUUCAGCUCAAACGGCAUCAUCAACGGCAUCACCCCCGCGCGUCUGGUCAUCCUUCUGACUCUCCCCGACUCCCUCGACUAUAACCUACUCUCUGACGUCUUUCUAUGCUACCGUCAAUUCAUUACCCCUCUCGACCUCAUCAGGCUGCUGGCCGCUCGCUUCAAAUGGGCCGUCAAUCGCAUCGACGACACCGGCCGCAAAGUUCGGCUACGCACUUUUGUUGUCCUGCGCCAUUGGCUUCUCAACUAUUUUGCACACGACUUUGUUCCCUCGCUCAAGCUCCGUCAGGAGUUUGUCAACGUCGUCAACGGUUUUGCUCGGUAUGGCAAAGUGCGCUCUUCUAAUGGCGACCGCAGACUCAUAGGCGAACUGAAGCGCUGCUGGAUCAAACUCAGCUGUCUUUAUUGGGAGCUUCCGGGAACUUAUAACCCCGAUUUUCUCUCGCUCUCUUCAGACCAGUGCUUUGAUGAGGUGUUACAUCCGGGAGGAUUGGUUGGUUCUCGCAAACUUGUGGAACGAAGAUCGACGAUAACCAAACAACGCACUUCCCGUUUACCUGCGACGCUGCCUGUUUGCGAUCAACCACAUGAUCGUUCCUCUCCAAUCCUUGACAGUCUCGAACCACCAUCUCGGGCCAGGUUCAAAUCUCUCGAGCAGACUAACGGUUCAGCAACCUCAGUUCCUCUUUCAGUUCCGUCUCUGUGCUCUGAGUCUGCCGCUUCAUCCAAUGGUCCACUGACACCCGCAAAUGUCAACGUCGCAGAGGGUCAGCUCUGGGGUGCUCUCUUCAGAGGCGAAGGAUCCGUCUCAAUUCCCACUGACGAUCAGUCAAUCGUCAACGCCGUCAUGCCUCCGUCUCCUGCAUUCAGUUAUAUCGAUGAUCCUGGUCACGGUGAUCCUCUGUGGCUAUCGCUAGAACCAGCGAUCAAAGAGAAAGAAUCGAUUUCAAAUCUCAAGAUAUUCAAGUCGAUAAAGCGAAGGAUCAAAAAGUCACCACAGCACCAAGCCACAGACGACUUUGCCCCGCGCUCAUCAACUUCGACAUAUGGCCGGUCAGUAGAAAGCAAUGUUGACAUUCCCGAAGCUACCGGUGUGCGAAUAGAUAUCCUGGCUGCUAGUGUAGUUGACAACUACAGGCAAAUGACAUCUAGGGAUUCAGAAUCUGACGAUCAAGGAUCUGAACAAGACACCAGAGAACAAGAACCAGUGGGCCUAGGCGUCGGAAACACAAACUUCUCAGCUGUGCUUCACAACUCUCCAGAGAGACUUAUGAGACCCGUAUUCUCUGCUGGAUAUGAAGAGCAAUACUCACAAAGCGCUGAAUUCACAGGCACUCUCGAUGAUCCUAAUUCAACCACCGGAGGUCCCACAUCUGAACCGAUGGCGGACAACAGAAGUAUGUCAUACGAGUCUAUCAAUAUUCACGAUCCGUUAGAUGACGCCUCCCUGGUUCGAUUCCCUGUUCUUUCAGCCUCUCCUCGCUUUUUGCCGCAUUCUUUUUCCUCUACGGAUUGCGGGUCGAGUUCACUACGAAACGGACGCAGGGGAACUACGAGUGGAUUUGUGGGCAUUCCCGGGAUUCCAGACGAGAUGGCUCGAGAGCUGAUGAAGCUGGCUGAUCUUCCUGAGGAGGAGCCUGCAGCGUCUGGCGAAGAGGCACUGGAAAAUACUUUACGAAAGUUAGAGGGCAAGGAAAGCGAGCCUAAAGAGAAACACAUUGAAGAAACAGAUUUCAGCACCGGCGGCGAUCGAGAUUUGAUGGCAACAAACAUCGAAAGACAAUCAUCAGCCGAUGCUAGCGAGGAUGCCGAUGAGAGUUAUCAAGGUAGUUUGACUGGUAAUCAGAGCGUGAUGUCGUUUCCCAGGCCGCGGGGACGAGAGCGAAAUGCCUGGUUUGUGGACACGAGUUCGGUCGCUGGUUCGGUGACUGGUUCGUCGUCACAGGAUAACCGACUCUCGGUGUCUAGCUAUGCCGAGAGUUACCAGUCCAGCGUCGCAUCCUUGAGUAUUCACCUACCGUUCAUUCUGAAGUACCGUGCGCGAGAGCUUGCCGAGCAAUUCACUCUGAUCGACUGCGACGCGCUUGCGGAGAUUGACUGGAAAGAGCUCGUUGAGUUGCGCUGGCGUCAGAAUGUAGACGCGGUUCAGGACUGGCUUUCCUACGUUUUGGCGGGCGACCAUCAGGGCGUCGAGUUGAUCAUCACGCGGUUCAACCUCAUGACAUCCUGGGUUACUUCUGAAAUUCUUCUGACUCGGGAGCUCGACGAGAGGGUGCACACGAUCCAGAAAUAUAUUCAUGUGGCGGCUCACUCGCGAAAAUUGCAAAACUACUCGACCUUCAUGCCGAUUACCCUCGCGCUUGCUUCGCCGACUGUGCAGCGACUCAGUCAGACGUGGAACGCGGUGCCGGCUCGGGAUAUGGAGUUGUUUCAUGAGCUUGAAAAUCUUGCUUCGCCGUUGAGGAAUUUCAAGAAUUUGAGGAAUGAGAUGGAGAAGGCUGAUAUUACAAAAGGAUGUGUUCCUUUUAUUGGUCUCUACUUAUCCGAUCUUACAUUUAACGCCCAGCGGCCCGCAUACGCAGAGAAGAACGUCGGCCGACUGAUUAAUCUCGACCGGUACCUGACCUCUGCUAGAGUCAUUAAGAAGCUUUUGUAUUUCGUGAACUCUGCGUCGGCGUAUGCGCAGCGGCUGCCGAAGAACUCGGAGCUGAUUUCGAGGUGCUUGUAUAUUUCCUGUUUGGACGAUGCUGAGAUUGACGAGUGUCUGCGACUGAUGAGCAAUCCAUGA